UGCAAAUUGCUAAUUAAGCUUUUUGUUUUUGAAUUUUAACAGAAUGAUUUGAUUUUGUUGUGAUUUUACUUGAAAUGGACUUUUCAGCUUUGAAAAUGUUUAUUUUGAGUUAAAUUAUACAAAAUCAUUAGCCAUCUGAUGAGUCUUCUUGAGCAAAAGACGAAACCGGUCAUGGCAGCUCUACUCACACCCUCACCCACACCCUUUCCAAAUUUGUUUAUCAAUUCUAUGCAGAAUAUUUUCCUACCUGAUGAAAGACCCUUAAAAAAGGUCGAAAUCUAGAUCGUAGGAUUCUAUUGUAUAAUAGUCACACCCUCACACAACAACAACAACAACAACAACGAACAAAUAAUGGUCAACGUCAAAGAACUACUACAGCAGCACACAGACGUCGUCAACGUCGUAAUAAUCAACAGCAAUAUCAGCAACAAAAUCAAGCAGAUGAUAAUCCAAAUCGAUUUGUUGCACUUGCUGAAGACGAUACCAGUAAUCAAAUAGAUACUGAAACGACUAUAAACGAUAGACCUGCAACUAAUAUUAUGGAUACAAAUAAAAGAAUUGGCAAGAAAAAGAACAUUCGACUAUACCUUCAAACAAAUCGAAUACUGAAAUGGUUCGAAGACAAUUCGAAAAGUUCAAUUAGUGGUCGCGGUAAUCAAGCAUAUGUAUUAGCAACAACUCCAAUUUAUGAUGAAUGGGUUCGAAACAAUUAUGAAUUACAAGUUUGGCAAGCAUAUUUGAAAAUGGGCAAUGAAAACAGACAUUGGGCAAAAGAAGUUGUUCAACGUACAAAACGACGUGAUGACCUAAUCAAUAGUCGAUUUGUUCAGAAGAAGAUUAACUAUCUAACGACCGUAAUUGCUCAAGCCAAUGCCACUGUUACAGAUUUACAAAUUCAACUAGGCACCUAUUGGACACUAACUGUAGCUCAAUCAGCUGCUCAAACGAAUGCGCAAGCCACUGCCGAAUUAACUACACAAUUAAUGCUCGACCGUAUGGGUCAAACAACGGCACAAACUACUGACCAAACCGUUCAAAACCCCAAUUUAACAACGGCGACUAAUCGUGAUCGACUAGAAAAAUCUAUUUUAAGAUAUAUUCAACAUUGUACACAAUAUGUGAAACGAAUAGCUGAAAAUCGUAUUCAAUUAGCUAAAGCUCAAAUGGAAGAAUUCAAAGCUUUAGAAGACUUUCAACAAAUAGCUAGUCCUUUACAAUGGAAUAUUCUUUCAAUGUUAAAACCCAAAAUGAAACUUUGGUUAACCAAAAGUAAAAAUUUACAAAUAGCAACAAAACGUGUUGAAUAUGAUUUACCACCGAAAUUUAUUGGCAAUACUCAAUUAGCUUUUAAAAUCGAUGAAUCAAUUAUAAGUCAAGAAGAAGCACAAAAUUUAUAUGACCAAAUGAGACAAGUGACAAAAGAUUAUCGUCUAUGUGCAAUGACUUUAUAUGUUCAAACAUGUACUCGAGAAUAUGAAUUGUUAACAAACGAAAUAAAACAAAUUGUUGAAGGUAUUCCACAAGAAAACGACGAUGAAGCUGGUUAUGCUGCAUUUAUACAUUAUAAUGGAUUACCGAGUCGAGGGCAACAACAAUCAACAAGAAGAAGAAGAAAUGAUCGCCCCGACUCUAACUCGAUCGUUGGGCGAGGAUUUCUUGCUCCAACAAUAAUCAAUGAAGCACAAGUGAAAUUAACCGAGGAUGAAUAUCAACUACUGAAAUUAGGCCCUCGAUUUAUCUAUAAUGAUCCAAAAACAGCAUCUCGACGACGUCUCAUCGAGUUGGCUACAGUCCAAAGAAAAAUUGAAGCUCGAUUUCAUGAAAAGAAAGUAAGCCCCGGUCGUCCAGUCCAUCAAUUCAUUGCUGAAUUAGAUAUUCUGCUUCAAAAUUUACAUGAUAUUCCUGUCAAGUCAAAUCCUCGGUUAAAUCAAUCACUACAACAACGACAACACGUUCUCGAUAUUCCAAAUUAUAUGAUUAUUUCAAGUCAACCCCAGCUGAUCCGAUCUUCUAAAACGAAGCGAAAUUAUGAUCGAUUAGUCAAACGAUUAAAACAUAAAUUUCGACUCACCGACAUAGUAUUACGUAAAACAGAUAAAUCCAAAGUAUUCCAUUUAGGAAAGGUCGAUGAUUAUAACAAAAAAUCUAACGAUUAUAUGGAUAAAACACAAGCAUAUCAAUGUCUUGGUACACAAGAUCCAUUACCUGAUUUAAUUCAACGAACAAAUAAAUAUUUACUAGAUCUUCGAUUAGCCAAAUGGAUCACUCAAAAACAAUAUGAACAGCUAUGUGUAAACCAACAAGAGGUCGAGUUAGCUCAUCUAUAUUAUUUACCCAAAGCACACAAGACUGGUACUCCUCUUCGUCCAAUUAUAUCUGGUCUUAAACAUCCAACAAUCAAGAUCUCUAAAUUUCUCGAUGAUCUACUUCGACCGUUAUUCGAUAAGAUGGCACUAGAUACUACUGUUACAUCUGGAUUUGAAUUACUUAAAAAGUUGAAAGAAUGGUCAAUACAAAAUUUGAAACAAGAGACUCUAUUAUGUACUAUUGAUGUUGCAGAUCUUUAUACAAUGAUACCACAAGUCGAAGGAGUACUAGCUCUCAAGAAAAUGUUAGACCAUUUCAAACUUAAACAAAUUGGUGGACUAAAAGUAGAAACAAUUGUUCGUUUAAGCCGAUUCGUUAUGCAAAAUAAUUACUUUUCUUUGAAUGGUCAAUUUUAUCAUCAAAUACGUGGUGGUGCUAUGGGUUCUCCACUUACUCUUACUAUUUCGAAUUGUUAUAUGUACUUUUAUCAACAAGAUAUAGUGAAACAAAUUAGCAAUAGUGGUGGACUCUAUUUCAGAUAUAUUGAUGAUAUAUUUUUAGCAGUCAAUUGGCCUAUUCGACAUCUCAUCAAACAAGUCGAUCGAUGGAAUCAAUUUGAUUCAAAUAUAAGAUUAUCUGCCAAUAUUAGUUUACAUGCCAAUUUCCUCGAUCUACAUAUAGAGAAUCAAAAUGGACAAUUAUUUACAAAUGUUUACCACAAACCAUCUUAUGAACCAUAUUAUUUGCCAUUUAAUAGUAUCCCCCCGUUACACAUGAAAAAGAACAUACCAUUUGCUAUGUUCUUAAGAGCCAUUCGAUAUUGCUCAACAUUCAAUGCAUAUUUACAAGAAAGAGAAUCCUUAAGAAUGGCUCUUCUAUUAAACAAAUAUCCGGGUGAUCUAAUUACUAGUCAAUUCAAUCGUGUUCUAUCAAAAUUUGAAAUUAAUGAUCAACUUAGUAUUAGAAAUUACGAAAGAUUAAGAGAUCAAUUAAUUCAAUCAUCUCACCCCUCAAGAGAUAGAACACCAUUUGACCAUGAAAAGAUGAUGUUCAUUCAUUUUACUUAUUGUACAAAUAUGAAGUCAUUUCCCAUGAAAUUCCACAACUUAUGGCACAAAUAUUUUGGCGAUUCCCCAAUUAAUGAAAUUACUCCAAUAUUAGGAACCAAAAAUGCCGACAACUUACAUAAACGUUUAGUGCAUACUCGUUCAUAA